UAACCAAUCACAGUGCGCGAUGGUAGAGAGUCCUGUUCAGCCAUGUUGUGGUUUUGAAUGAGGAAGAAGCGGGAGAUAUUGUUCUUCAAUGAGUUUUUAUGUAAUUUAAAGUGAUAUUGAGGAUAUAUAAAUUAGUUAGGGUGUGACUCAAAAUGAUAACAGUUUUUCCGGACGCACUGGUUGCGACUUAACGCAUUCCUGUUGGAAUUUAAACACACUUCUAUAAAUUAGCCGUGUAGCUAACAGCGAUAGCUAGCAAGGUAGUUAGCAUAAUGUGCUAGCUAGGUGACUAGCGACUUCUAGCUAACUAGCUAGUUAGCUCGUUUCUGUUGAGAAUAAAAUGAUAUUUGUGAGGACUGUUAGCCUUUGAAAUAGUCUCAGCUAGCCCUCCUCAGUCGAAUGAGUCGCAUUAGGUUUAAUUGGUUUGACUAUAUUGACAGGUAACUUGGACUGAAAGCAGCUCCAGCGAUUUAUCUUUAAACAAGUGGCACUGUUUCUAAAAGUUCUGAGCCAUGUUGAAUACAAUUUAUGGAUGGAUCGAAAGCUUAGCCAAUCUUCGCAAUGGUGUACCCGCUGCGGAGCAUUCAGAUGGACACCGAGCACUGGGAGAUGGUCGGAUGAAGAGGAAAAGACCAAAUGAAUGUUUGGAAGAUGGACAUAACAUCGACCAGGAUGGCUUAAUAAUAAAGAAGUCACGAAUGGGAGAUUUUAUAGACACAGUCAAGAUAGCAGCUGAAGGUGUUAAGAAUCAUAGCUCCAGUGUUGCUACAUGGAUGAGGAACAAUGUAAGCCCUACCUUGAGAAAUAUACUGCCUGCUUCCCCUGGUCCUCCACUUGGAGAAGCCCAGCCACAGCCCUCAACAUCAUCAGCAGCCUGGGCAGCAACGACGAUCAUUGAAAGGAGCUCUUUGAAUGAGACGUUUGCUGCUCCAUCUACAACUUUGGAGUGGAAAACAUCCAAAUCAGAAUGGUGGCGUAAUGAGAAGUCCAUUAUGGGAUCAAAAGUCUGCAGGCGUCAAGUGUGUAUGAGUCCUACACAUCGUGAGGUGUCAAAGACAAAUGGCCAUUCAGUCAACUUGCUGCCCCCCAUCACCACUAAAUUACAACCCCCUCCACGGUUAGGCAGGCCUCUUAACCUCCGACCCUGUGGAACACCAAGUGAUGUGAAAACAGCAAGCAGCUCCUGCACAAGCAUGUAUGAGAAGACCUUUCCCAUCAAAGCGGCGCAGAGCUCAACACACAGCACCUCACCUGGCCGUGUACAUGGAGCACAGUACAGUUGCACAGUACAGGAGUCUGUUCGUGAAGAGGAGAAAGAGAUUUACAGGCAGCUCCUGACCAUGGUCUCUGGUGGUCAGUCGUCUUUACUUCACAACUGCAGCCCACACUCCAUUGUGAGGUCACACAGAGAUUUCAGCCUUCUUUCAACCACGCGCAGACUGCGACAGUUCCCCUCCCCUACUGGGUCAGCAGCAGCAGGAAGUUCAGAGGGUCCCAGCAGCCCCCCCAGCACAAGGGGCAUGUCGAGCCAGAGUUCCAGCAACCUUCCCAGCCCAAUGAGGGCUUCCAGCAGGCCAGGGAUCCAGACAUGGUCUCUGGAUAUGGAUCUCAACUCAAACAGAACAGUUAGUUUCACAUCAGUUCCCUCCCCAUCUGCUCUGCAGGAUAACUCCUCUCAGGACACACAAUCAUCAGCUUACGACGGUGACUCUGUAAUCAUUGUAAAUGAACAAAAGGGUAAAAAGCAAGGCAGCUCAAGUGUGCCAUGUUUCCAAGCUGAGUUAUGGAUCAAAGAAUUGACCAGCAUGUAUGACUCCCGGGCAAGGGAAAGAAGGCGGCACAUAGAAGAGCAGGAGGCCCUAGCUGCCAAGCUGCUGCGACAGCGUCUCUCUGAAGAGGGGCAACGCAGCCUGGAUGUGGAGGUCCAUGUUCGAGUUCCUUUGGAGCGGGAGGUUCCUUUGACUCCAGUGAUAGAAGAACCGAAGCCUUUAGAAGAGAAACCAGAAUUUCCUGAACUCACAGAGAAAAUGGAAGCUGUGGUGAACAUGGCGUUGAGAGGAGGUAGUCCUCAUGAAGUAUUAAGUGAAGGUUUUGGUCUCAGCCUUACACGCAAAGACCUGCAGACUCUGAGCAACCUUAACUGGCUCAAUGAUGAGGUGAUCAACUUUUACAUGAACCUACUGGUUGAGCGCAGCAAGGACCCCAGCCUGCCAUCAGUCAACACGUUCAACACCUUUUUCUAUCCCAAGCUGCGCAGCAGUGGCUACUCUGCUGUCCGCCGCUGGACCAAAAAGAUGGACAUCUUUUCUAAGGACAUCCUGUUGGUUCCUGUCCACUUGGAUGUGCACUGGUGCCUCUCUGUGGUGGAUUUCCGCAAAAAAGCCCUCAUGUACUUUGAUUCUAUGGGAGGAAACAAUGAUGAAGCAUGCAAAAUAUUGUUUGAUUACUUGCAACAGGAAAGUAGGGACAAGAAGGGCAAAGAACUGGAUACCUCAGGCUGGACUCUGCACAGCAAAAAGCGCAGUGAAAUCCCACAGCAGAUGAAUGGUAGCGACUGUGGAAUGUUCACAUGCAAAUAUGCAGAUUACAUUACCAAAGACAAGCCGAUCACAUUCACACAGAUGCACAUGCCCUACUUCAGACGAAGGAUGGUUUGGGAGAUUGUGAACCAUAAACUGUUGUGAUGUGAGGAAGGGAAGUGUGAACUUGUGUAGUCAGCUCAUAGUGUUACAAAUACAAAUGAUGACUAUGGCUGAGCUACCUUCAACAGCAGGAUCCAUUGACAAUGGAAGACUUGUACACCAGCUCAUCAGAUCAGGAACCAGCCCCCAACCUCAAGGGUCAGGCAAGCCCUCAGCUGAUCUUGGCUGCUAGGAUGUUUCUGGAGCAACCAAGCACUGCCUCCCAGUCCUGUUCUUCACUUUGUUUUUUGGUGCAGCCAUGGAGCAUCAGUAUAGCAGCUGAAACACUGCGUGUGUGGUAUUCUCAGCCAGACACCUAUUUUUGAAGUCACAUUUAUACUGACAUACAGAUCAUACUUGGAGUUUCACUGUUUAGUUUGAUGCAGACACAGUUUACUGUACAUGUUUGUGGCUUACCAGGAGGUGAGUGCAUUAUGCUGCAUCAUAUUUAUAAUCAGUAGUGCUACAUUUUAGUGUCAUUGUCAGUAUUUGAUAUUCUUAUAUGGAAAGGAAAUUGCACUUACCAUAAAAGUAUGAAUGCCCACAAAACUGAAAUUUCAGUGACAACUAGUAUAAAAAUCUCUUUCUGUGAUUCAGCUGUUUUCCAGUAACAUCACCCCACAGAUGUCUUCAUUGUCUCAGAGUAUGAUUUCUAAAGAAAACAGGAUGUUGAAUUAGCUUGUCACGAGUUGUGAGUACAACAAUAGUCUUAGUUGCACCCUAAAAUAGCAGGGUUAAAAGGUUUUGCCCUUUCCUUCUAAGUCCUUAUUCUUGAUAAAAGAUUGUAAAUUGAAGUUCAAAGUCUAUUUUAUGUAUUUCAGUCUCUUUUUCAGCAGCAAGCUACGGGCAUAUUCAGUAUAUUUUGAACUUUGUACAUAGUUAAAACAUACAGCUUCUUGAAUAGUGUAAUAUACAGUGCUUUUUUAAAAAAUGCAUUCAUCUAUUUUUAUCAAGAUACUACAGGUCUGUUUUAGAAAUAAAUUCUCAUUUAUUGUGAGAUGUGGAUGUAUUGCUUCAAACUAAGUUGGGUUUAAUACAGAAAUGGCCAUAUUUGAUAAAUGUGAGUAUGGAUGUGUCUUGGCUUGAAGAGUAUUGUCUGUUUUGUUUUUUUUUUUCUUCAAGAUUCAUUCAUUCAUUCCUCUUCUACCGCUUAAACCCUGAGCGGGGUAUAAUGUGCAAAUGGCCCCCAGUAUUAAAGAAGCACAAGUGAAAUAGUUUUAUUAAAAAUAAAUAAGGCAAGUUCAACAUCAAACCAAGUUAAAAGUUUAAUAGCUGUAGGGUUUUUUUUUUCCAUGAAGAAGACAAAGGACCUACAUAAUGGCACAGACAAACAUUUACCAAGGAGAGGUUUGAAAAUCAAAGGACUGCAUUGACAUUGUUGAAAACGAGUUAACUGACUUUAAAUGUGACUUGAUCUAUCAAAUGACCUUCAGCUAAAAGUUGUCUAAAUACUUAGCAUUCCAAAAUUAGCAGCAAUCAU